AUGAUGCAGGAGGAGUCCAGCUCUCCAGUCUCCCCGGCCGACGACAGCCUGAGCAACAGCGAGGAGGAGCCGGAGCGGGUCCCGCCGCCCAGACCCCCGCACCCGCCGCCCUCGCAACCGCAGCCUCCGGGAGCCAAGCGCGGAGGCCGCAAGCGGAGGUCCAGCCGGCGGAGCGGGGCAGGAGCAGCGGGAGGAGGAGCAGCGGGAGCAGGAGGAGCGGCGGGAGGAGCAGGAGGAGCAGGAGGAGCAGGAGCAGGAGCAGGAGCAGGAGCAGGAGGAGCGGGGCUAGGACCGGGAACGACGGACGAGCCCGGCAGCCCGGCCCAAGGCAAGCGAGGCAAAAAAUCCUCCGGCCCCAGCGGCGGCGGCGGGGGCGGAGGCCUGCCCGGAGGAGGAGGAGGCGGAGGAGGAGGCCUGCCCGGAGGCGGCGGCGGCGGCGGCGGCAGCAGCAGCGGCGGCGGCAGCCCCCAGUCCUACGAGGAGCUGCAGACCCAGCGGGUCAUGGCCAACGUGCGGGAGCGCCAGCGCACCCAGUCCCUCAACGAAGCCUUCGCCGCCCUGCGCAAGAUCAUCCCCACGCUGCCCUCGGACAAGCUCAGCAAGAUCCAGACCCUCAAACUGGCCGCCAGGUACAUCGACUUCCUCUACCAGGUCUUGCAGAGCGACGAGCUGGACUCCAAGAUGGCAAGCUGCAGCUAUGUGGCCCACGAGCGGCUCAGCUACGCCUUCUCCGUGUGGAGGAUGGAGGGCGCCUGGUCCAUGUCGGCCUCCCACUAG